AUGGAGACAUCUGGUUCUGAUCCUGUUCGGUCCAGUUCUGAUGAGAGUGUGAGAAUGGGGCUUUUGCUGUUUCUGUUGAGCCUCAGCUCCUUAGCUCUGAGCUACGCUGUCGGCGGGCACGUGUGCAUAACGGGUCAUGACAGUGGACCAGUGUUUGAAGAGCAGCCCAGCAGUGUGGUCUACCCAGAGGGACUCAGUGAGGGCAAAGUCACUCUCAACUGCCAGGCUAGAGCCAGUCCUGCUGCUACGUACAGCUGGCGCGUCAAUGGUACAGACGUCCCUGUAGGUGACCCCCGGUACACGCUGGUAGCCGGUAACCUGGUGAUCAGCGGUCCCCAGUUCGGCCGUGAUGGAGGCUCCUACCAGUGUCUGGCCAUCAACCGCUGUGGCACCAUACUCAGCCGGGCCGCCAACCUCAAAUUCGGCUACCUUCAUGACUUCCCUGGGGAAGGGAGGAGCCCACAGACGGCUUACGAGGGAGCAGGUGCCUUCCUGGCCUGCCAGCCCCCCGCCCACUACCCAGCUCUUUCCUACCGCUGGUUCGUUAGCGAGUUUCCUAGCUUCAUGAAGCCUGACGGGGGUCGGUGGUUCGUUUCCCAGGUAACGGGCAACUUGUACCUGGCCAAGGCGGAGCCUAACGAUACAGCAAGUUACUUCUGCUUCACCACCAUCAACAUGGACAUUAGCACCAAGAGUACCUUCAGCAAGGCUAACCAGCUCACCGUGCAGCCAAAUGCCAACGCCAGGAAGUCAGCUCCUGCUAUCAAAGUGGGUUUCCCAGCAGAGACGUAUGCCCUGACAGGACACACUACGCAGCUUGAAUGCUUCGCCUACGGAAAUCCCGUCCCAAAGCUCCGUUGGAGGAAGGUGGAUGGUCUGUUGCCGUCUAAGGCCGGGGCUAGUGCAGAGGGACCCAUCCUCACACUGCCUGAGAUGACCUUCCAUGAAGAGGGGGUGUAUGAGUGUGAGGCCUACAACUCUGAGGGCCGCGACACACAACAAGGACGCAUCACCGUGCAAGCACAGCCAGAGUGGCUGCAGGUGAUGAGUGACUCUGAGGUGGAGAUCAGCUCUGAGCUGCACUGGACUUGUGUUGCAGCAGGCAAACCAAGACCCUCCAUACGCUGGCUACGCAAUGGACAGCCCCUUAGCACACAGGACCGAGUGGAGGUCAAUGGGGGUCGUCUGAAGGUCAUCAACCUGGCCCUGGAGGAUUCUGGGAUGUAUCAGUGUGUGGCUGAGAACAAACACGGCACCAUCUACUCCAACGCCGAGCUGCGGGUGCAAGUCCAAGUCCCAGACUUCCGCUCCAACCCGGUGAGGAGGCUGGUCCCAGCAGCCCGAGGAGGGCAGGUGAUGAUGGAGUGUCGGCCGCGAGCCGCCCCCAAACCCACCCUGUUCUGGAGCCGCGGUACUGAGCUCCUUACCAACAGCAGCAGGGUGACAGUGACUCCAGACGGGAUGCUGCGGAUCCACAACAUCAGCAGGGCCGAUGAGGGGAAGUAUACCUGCUUUGCUGAGAACUACCUGGGCAAGGCCAACAGCACUGGACACCUGUCUGUUAGAGAUGCCACUAAGAUCACCUUGGCUCCCUCUAACGCUGACAUCAACCAGGGGGAGAACGUCACGCUGCAGUGUCACGCUUCACAUGACCCCACCAUGGACCUCACCUUCACCUGGGCUCUCAACGGAGCUCUGCUGGACCUGGAGGACCCCGGCGGACCGUACCACCGUGUGGAGGGGAAGGAGACCGUAGGUGACCUGUUGAUAGUGAGUGGUCAGCUGAGUCAGGCAGGUACAUACAGCUGUACAGCUCAGACCGUGGUGGACAGCGCCUCAGCCUCCGCUAAACUGGUGGUCAGAGGUCCCCCGGGACCUCCCGGCGGUUUGGUGGUGAAGAACGUUGCCGCGACGUCGGUGGAGUUGCGGUGGAGUCGUGGCUAUGACAACCACAGCCCCAUCGGGAAGUAUGUUAUCAUGGGUCACUCUCCGCUGUCUCCUGGUUGGAAGAGGAUGAGGACAGACCCAUCUAACAUUGAAGGCAAUGCUGAGUCGAUUCGUGUGGUUGGCCUGUUGCCAUGGAUGGACUAUGAGUUCCAGGUCAUCGCCAGUAACAUCCUGGGCAGUGGAGAGCCUAGUAUGUCCUCUCACACCAUACGCACCCAGCAAGCAGCUCCCACAGUGGCCCCUAGUGGACUAGGUGGAGGAGGAGGAGACCGCAACGAACUCAUCAUCACCUGGACGCCCAUGGCCAGAGAGUACCAGAACGGAGAUGGCUUCGGUUACAUCCUGGCAUUCCGGAAGCAGAACUCUCCGACGUGGGUGGUGGAGCGUGUUUCCAAUGUGGAGUCGUCUCGCUACGUUUAUUCCAACCAGAGCCUGUCUCCCUACUGCCUCUUUGAGGUGAAGAUCAAAGCCUACAACCGUAAAGGAGAGGGUCCCUUCAGCCAGAUCGCUGUGGUGCACUCUGCAGAAGAGGAGCCCACGGUGGCGCCCUCGAGGAUCAAUGCAACGGCUCUGACAGCGUUCGAGAUGCAGGUAUCGUGGGACCCCAUCCAACAUCUCAGCACCAACGGUAUCCUCCAAGGAUACGAGAUCCGGUACUGGCGUCAGCAUGAGCGGGAGGCGUCUGCAGACCGUGUGCGUACAGCUGGGCUUGAGACCACGGCUCGCGUGGUGGGACUGAGACCCAGCACCCGGUACCAUGUUACCGUAAUGGCCUACAACAGCGCUGGCACUGGACCAGCCUCACCCAGAACCACUGUCACUACCAGGAGACCACCUCCUAAUCGUCCCCCUGGCAACGUGUCCUGGAAGACUGAUGGCUCAUGGGUAACUGUUAGGUGGGAUCAUGUCAAGACCCUGGACAAUGAAUCAGCCGUACUGGGUUACAAGGUCCUGUACAAGCACGAGGGCCAGUCUGCUCUGAAGGUUCUGGACAAGGGGAAGACGUCUGUGACCCUGCCCCUACCCAAAGACAAUGGCUACGUGGUCCUGGAGAUACGCUCCUGGGGGGAGGGAGGCGACGGAGCCGCUCAAGAGACCAUCGUCUCCCGAGACUCAGGAACUGGAAUGAUGGUGCAGAACCAGGCGGGAUCCCCAUGGUCCAAUCAUGCUCCUCUCCUGCUCACCGCCACACUCUCCAUCACUCUCAUUGGCUUACUGGACCUGUGA